AUGGCCAGCGACACGACCGACGGCAAGAUCGAGUCCAAUAUAAUCGAUAUGUUGUUAAUAUCGGUGAAUGGAAUCGACAAGAGCAGAUGCGACUCGGUGUCCCAUGCCACUCCAUUCUCACCGCUGUUUUCACCGUGCACUAGAUCGACUGUACCUAGGAGAUGUGAGUUCUUUCCACCCAGUCUGCCAAGCAAUGCAAUGAUACGGUUCUGUAUCUCCUCGACCGAGUUUUUAAACUGCAUCAUCUUUGGAUCGAUUGUCUUGUUGGACGAAGACGAUCCAAACUUCUUUCGACGAAACUGA